CAGCAGGCGUUCGAGGGACGCGACGCCGCAGGCAGGGGCGGGGGCAAGGGGACGCAGUUCGCCACGAGGCGGGAUCCAGUCCACAGCACCCCCGCGAUCUCCGAAGAGAGGUAGGAAAAGUGGACUAGGAUCUCCCUUCCUGCAGCGCCCUGAAGCUUAAUUCUCGCCCAGGUGCCUGGACCUCGCGCGGUUCUCGUCGCGUGUCCUCCGCGGGGCGCGGCCGAGGACUGACUCCGCGCAGCUCCGCAAGCCCGUCGGGGGCAGCUCUCUGGGGGGAACCAUGGACAAGCCAGCCACCGCGGCGCUCAGUCGUCCCCAGAAUCUGAGCCUUUUAGUUCUGCUGAGCUACCUGAUGACCACGCUGUCAGCCGAGGCUGCUGCUGUUUGCUGUGUCUUCACAGUUGGCAGGUCAGGGUCUGGACCAUGGCAUUACGAAGUCCAAGUCCUACUGAAUGAAGGGACUGUGAAGUGUCAUGCCACUGAUGAUCUGAGAAACAGAGUCAAUCAGACUUUGAACGGUGAAGUUUGCCUGUUCAAAGACGUGCUGAAUCAAGUAAGGCAGGAGGAGAAAAUAACCAAAGAGCCCCUCACUCUGCAGGCCAAGAUAUGUUGCUGGAAUGAAGGAGAUGGAGGUUUCAGCAGAUCCUGGGACUUGAGCCUCAAUGGACCCAAAACAUUCCAUAUUGACUCAAAUACUAAGAAGGGGCCUGAAAUGGAUUCUAGAUGCAACUGUACAAAGGAGAUGGCAGUGAAAAUCCAUGAAGUAAUCGGCCUCUUAAACAGGACAUCACAGGGUGAAUGCAGAAGCUGGGUUAGGGAGACCAAGUUGCACUGUGAAGAAAAUUUGGAGCAUACAGGAUCGACAUCAAAGGCACCAAAUAUCACCCAGGUUAUACCUGCUACCCCUCCUCCACCUACUACCCCAAUUCAGAAUACAACAAAUACGAAGAUCCUGGGAAGCCUGGGAGCUGUGGUAGCGCUCCUCGCUAUUGGGAUAGGCGUGAGAGCCAAGAUACACAAGAAACGCUUUUACCAAGAUGUAAGGAGCCACAUGGGGUCUCACCUGGUCCUAGGAGCUUCCCCAUGCUGCCGCUCAGAUCACGAAUCUAAUGGGAACUCAGUGUCCACAGCUGCCUCUUGGACUUCCCUGGAACAGUACCCAUCUCUUCUGCCUCACAGCCAGAAAAGAAAACCUUCUGAUGGUGUUGGUGAUCUGUGACAUUUCACUUCUGACCAAACAUGGUGUGAAAUAUGAAAACUGACAGUCUCCAUGCCUCCUUUAUCACUCCAUCAAGAAGUGACAGGUCAUUGUCAUCAGUGACUCCAUCUUGCCCUGUUCCUUUCUCAUUCUUCACCUCAACCCUGUGGAGAUCAGGCCUUGUCCUGCUCUAGGUUACUCCUUGUCAUGUGAAAUGAGGGCUUUCAGGCCGACCCUUUCCCAAAUUUUCUCCAUUUUACAAACAAGUUGAUACCUUCUGCCCAGCACCACCCGUAAGGCAAGGCAGAUACAUAACUUAUUCCUAAAAGUGAAAAGACUUCACAUCUGACAUAUCAAAAUCAGAUCCACACAUGAGAAUAUCAAAACCAGUUAUUGUCUGGGCCUCUUCUGUUCAUGAUACAUUGUGGAAAUGUCAAGCAAAUAACCCCUUUCUCCCCCCUUUCUGGCUUUUGGUCAUGAUGUUCCAUCACAGCACUCCUCACCUUAAAGGAGACAAUAUCUGGAAAAUCAGAGCUGGGAAAUUGUCACGUAUGCUCAGCUGAAGGAGGGUGAACCCCCUCACCUGGCCCCAGAGAGAGGGGCAGACCUCACACUAUGUGGAGAUGCUCACCACCAACUCCCACAGGCUCCUGUGUGUGUGCCAUGGGCCAACAAACAGGGAACUUGUGACGGUCCCCUGGGUCAGCUCAGUGCCUGCUGGUCACACACGCUCAGUUCCUGUCUGUGUAGUCUACUCCUCCUGACCUGUCCUCCUCCCCGCCACACCCAUGGUUCUGCACUUCAGCCUCCAGAGUUCCAUUACCCUGAGCCUGGCCAAGCCCUGUUAGCCUACAGCUCUCCAACUGGCCUCCUUACUAUUUUAUGUGGUCAACUGGGGCUGAGCCACC